GACGUUUGAUUUUUUAUUACGACUUUGACAUUUAAAUAACAACUCAAGUUGGAUUCUGAUAAAUUCCUACGGAAAUGAAGUAAAAAAGUGAGAUUUACAGGAAUAUUAUUUUAAAAUAAGAGACUAUACCAUUGAAAUUAUUAAACAAAUUGUUGUUAAACUAUCAAUAAUAAAGCGAAAUAACGUGCUUGAAUAGUGAAAAGAAAAAGCGGUGAUGUAAAACUUAUGAAAAUUUGCGUAGUGAUUUGUGAAAAUUAAUGUGCUGUGAAGGGAGGAGCAGCAGUAGCAGUCAACAGUAAAAUUGUAGUGACAAAGAACACAAAAAAUAUAGCAAAAAAUAAUAAUAAAACAAGAAAUCAAGAAACUUCAAAACAAGGCGUAGCAGCGCCAAAUACUGCUAAUAUAGUUUAUAAUUUAAACAAAAACUACGCGGAAAAAAAUUGCCAUGGAAGAGAAACGUAUUGCCGAUUAUUUUGUUGUGGCCGGUAUGCCAGAAAAGCCAAAAUUACUGCAAGAAAGUAAUUUUAAAGAUUCCAGCCAUUUAAGGGCUGCCACCUCAAUUGAUCCCAUCACCGACAUUGGAGUAUUUUUCCCACUAUUGGACGAAGACGUACCCGAUGAGUAUACGGUUUUGGAAAGCACCCCAACUGGACUACCUGCAAACUUAAAUUAUGGUUCGUUAAGAUCAACGGAAUGCUAUAUUUAUUACAGACGUGGAAAAGAUCGUCCACCAUUAGUAGAUAUUGGCGUGCUUUAUGAGGGUCAUGAACGCAUCAUGUCUGAUGCUGAAAUUGUAGCCGAAACUCCGGGCGGUCGAGUGGCCAAUGUUAACAAUUCAUCGGCUAAAACAUUUUUAACUUAUCGUCGUGCUCCAGCUGAAAUGCCCUGCAAUGAAUUGGUAGUCACUGAUCUGUGUGUGAUUAUAAGCAGUAAAGGAGAGAAACCACCACAUGCCUUUUGUUUAAUCUAUAAGUCUUUGAAUAAAGCCUUCACCGGUAGCGAUGUUUAUUUAUGCUACAAAAAAUCUAUGUACCGUCCAAAACACAUCAGUUAUCAGCCGGAAAUUUUACUCCGUUAUCCUACAGUUGAUCAUCAUAAUGAGUUUCCAUUAAAUUUAUGUCCUAGUGUGCCGUUGUUUUGUUUGCCCAUGGGUGCUUCAUUGGAAGCAUGGCCUCAUGUAACCGAAAAUAAGAAACGCAAACCCACUGCACCAGUAUUUAGUACAUUUGUUCUAACCGUUAAUGAUGGCACAUACAAAGUCUAUGGCUCGGCUCUAACGUUUUAUGAGGAUUUUGAUGAAUCCCAAUUAACGGAACAACAGUGUGAAUUACUUGGUUGGAAUGAGGAAUUUGCUCAAAAUCAUUCAUUACAUAUCAUUAAAGCCAUUUGUUUAUUGUCACAUUAUCCCUUUGGCGAUACAUUCGAUAAAUGGUUGAAAUAUUUACACCGCUUGGCGGUAUUUGGUGUUAAUUUACCCAUACCUAUAGAACGGUAUAUUACACAAUUGUUGGAUGAGGUACCAUUUCCAGCACCCAGUAUACAUUUGCAGUUAUCAAGUGAAUCGAAUGAUCGUAUUUUACUGACUCAACCUGAGGAUUCACCUUUACCACGUAGUGGUGCUGGAUUUCAUAUGCUCUUGCAGAAUUUAGGCACAGAAAAUUGUUUGCAUGUCUUACUUUUGGCCUUAACUGAACAAAAAAUACUCAUACAUUCUUUAAGGCCUGCAACAUUGACUGCCGUAGCCGAAGCAAUAGUUUCGUUAUUAUUUCCCUUUAAAUGGCAAUGUCCCUACAUUCCUUUGUGUCCACUGGGCUUGGCAGAAGUCUUACAUGCUCCGGUACCUUAUUUAAUUGGUGUUGAUUCCAGAUUUUUCGAUUUAUAUGAACCGCCCACAGAUGUUACUUGCAUAGAUUUGGAUACAAAUACCAUCAGUCUUUGCGAAUCCCAAAAACAUUUACUUGUUAAAUUGUUGCCGAAAAGAGCGGCUCGCAUUUUGAAACAAACUCUUUCGGAAUUGGAACAAACAAAACCACUCAAUAUAGACUGCAACAAUAGUUUAGAUCGUGAUUUACGUAAACGUAGACGUGAGCUCCAUUUAGAACAACGUAUACAAGAGGCCUUUUUAUUAUUUAUGGCCUCUAUACUACGUGGCUAUCGCGACUAUUUGGUACCCAUUUCAAAGGCCCCGUCAGUUGGUGCCACCGACCCCAGUGCCUUAUUCCAACUGAAACCUUUUCUACGUUCCCGCGAUAAGGCUUAUCAAAAAUUCUUUGAAUUAUUGAUGAAAACUCAAAUGUUUAUACGUUUUAUUGAGGAGAGAUCAUUUGUGUCAGAUGGAGAUCAUGGUUUAACAUUUUUCGAUGAAUGUGCAGAAAAAGUUGGAUCUUAUGAUGAAACACCAUCGGAUGUGCGUUUGGUCGAUUGGGAGACUGGUCAGAGUAGUGAACGUACAAAAUAUAUAUUUCCACCAGAUAGUAUUGGACCCACCAAAGAUCACAACGCCCAAGAAAGUGUUUACAAUUAUGCAAAUUUCACAUUGAAUCCCAGUCUUUUGAAAACAUCCAAAAAGACGGCAUUAUCGAGCUUAAUACAACAACAAAUCAAUGGAUGUUUAGCACCCGGCUCACCAAUUGCUCGACGCACUAAACAUGAAAUUAAACUGUCUCAGAAAAUGGCCAGACGUUGUCAAAGCCGUCCAGAACUGUGGUCCAAAUACUUAUUGGCCACUUGUUAUUCGUUGUAUUUUUUGAUUCUACCGUCCAUGGUCUUGGAUACACGUAGGGCUGGCAAAGAGCAUGAUAUUCUAAGAGCAGCCUACGAUAUGCUGGUUAAAGCCAGCAAAAUAAAAAUCAAUUGUGAUGAGUUUUGUUAUCGCAUUAUGAUGCAACUAUGCGGCACAUAUAAUAUGCCCGUUUUGGCUGUGCGUUUGCAUUAUCUUAUGAAGAGAUCGGGUGUACAACCGAAUGCCUUAACGUAUGGUUUCUACAAUCGUUGUGUGUUGGAAUCGGAGUGGCCUAGUGAUAGCACCACGUUAAGCCAACUACGUUGGAAUCGCAUUAAAAAUGUGGUGUUGGGUGCGGCUCACUUUAAGAGAGCUGGCAAAUUGAGAGCCUCAAAGAAGCCUUUGUCGGCUUCAUAUGACAAUAACUUAAGUACCCUGGAAACAGUAGAUGGUACUUCACGCACUAGUUUAGAAUCGUCCAAUUCAUCUCAAUUAUUAGCUGGAGCUGCCGGUGCUGCUGGUGAUGGUUAUGGGGUAAAUAUUUUGGAUUUUUCAGCAUUCGAUAAAUUGCGCUCAAAAUUGGGCAGCAUUGUAAGACAAUCGAUUGGCACUCAAGAUGCCACAGAUGAUGUUAUAUCUAGUGCUGGCUUAUUAAUUACCGGUGACUCGAAAAUACCGACUGAUACUACCACAACCCAUAUACCGCCCGCCAGUCCCCAGCCAACAGCUAAUGACCUGGCCAAAAGACAACUUUCGAAUCGUGAAAGUUUUGGUGGUGAUGCUGAGCUCUUGAAUAAACUACAAAGACAACACACUCUAACCGAAAUGAACAAUAAAAAGAUUAUGAAUCUGGGCGAGCGCGAUGGAGAUUUAAACAAUGAUUUGGCUAGUUCUCAAGAAGAAUUAGAUGAUGAAAAUAUACAUGAAACUGAAGACGAAGAAGAUGAAGAUGAUGAACAUCCCUUGUCCAGACAAGUUCAAAGUCCAACUAAAAUAUCUCCCAGAACUCCGGUUACCCAAAACGAUCCCUUGGGCGCUUUGAAUGAAGAAGAAGCUCCCAAUUCUGUACCAUGUAAUGAAGAGCAAUCGGCCAUGGGUGUCUCAUCUAGUUUCAACAACAACACCUUAUAUAGCGAUAAACCGAUAUUGUUUAAGGGCCAGCGCAGUGCCACAUUCGAUGAAUCCACACAAUUGAAUAAGAAUAUGCAACGUUCCGAAACCAUGCCCGGCUCCAGUGUGGCAUCAAGUUUGGCCAAUUUGGGUUCAUCAUUUAAAUUAAAUUUUGGACGUUAUUCACCUGCACGCUUGUCCUUUAAGAAAGACUUGAAAUUGCCCACCAAUAUUAUAGAAAAUAUAAGCUACAUGAGUCCUAAUUUUAGUGGUAAAAAAUCCAAUGAAAUCAUCCAAGGAAGCUUGAGUAGCAUUAAACAUGCUGCCACUUCUAUAACUCGAAAAUUUGAUGAAAUCAAAGGAGCCAUAUCGGCCAAUACCACACCCGUUAAAUCAUCAUUAUCCAUACAAGGUUACAAUGACAAUGGCGUGACCGAAGAAGAUAUGAUUGCCCACGAAGAUGGCACCUUAAAAAUACGACGUGUUAGCAGUGAUUUAGAACAUCCUUGGAGCCGUUUAAGUGAGUCACGCAAGUCGAGUUAUAAUAAUUUGGUGCCUCUGGGUGAAAAUACUUCGACCAUGAACUUAAAUACGGCCCUAUUAGCACUACCUGAAAAUCUAUAUACCACACCACCGGAUAAUAUGGACGAUACCAAUGACUUUGAUGUGUUGAUACAAAUGACUUCUUGCUCUCAAUGUCACAACUGUUCCGUUUUACUUUACGACGAGGAAAUUAUGUCCGGCUGGUCGGCUGAAGAUUCCAAUCUAAAUACCACAUGUCAUGCUUGCAACAAGUUAACUGUACCCUUUCUCAGUGUACGCUUCAAUGUUAAUGACACAAAAAAAGACAAUAAUAAACCACAAAUGGAUAAUCUAACUAUACCCUAUUUAAAUCCGUUGGUUUUGCGCAAAGAACUCGAAAAUAUUUUAACCCAAGAGGGUGAUUUGUCUCUGAUAAAACCUAAUUUUGUUGAGGAACAUCCCAUCAUCUAUUGGAAUUUAUUGUGGAUUAUGGAGCGCAUUGAAAGUAAAACUCAUUUACCCGAUCUCUGUUCGCCCACAAUUGAUGAUACCAACUGUGAUCCUUUGAGUAAGGUGAAACAUGUGAAAAUACAAUGUCUGUGGGAUAAUUUACAAUUGCACAGUGAGGCUGGUUUACCCAUGUACAUUUUGUACAGACAAACUCAGCCCACAAGUCCUCUACUUAAAGCUUUGCUAACCGAUCAAGCUCAACUAAACAAAAACGUCAUUCAACAAAUCGUUUCCGCCAUUCGAUGUAAUGAUCUUCUAAUGCCCGUCAAAAAGCUGGCUAACGAACGCCACAAACUCAAGAACAGUGGCGUCGAUCGUUCUCAUUCGAUAUAUCGUGAUAUAUUAUUUUUGGCCAUUACCGCUAUCGGUCGUUCCAAUGUCGAUUUGGCUACAUUCCAUCGCGAAUAUGCCGCCGUCUUUGACAAACUUACCGAAAAAGAAUGCAAUAUGUAUUAUCGCAAUCAAGAUCUGCCGCCAUCGGCAGCCACCAUAUUUUGUCGGGCCUACUUUAGACCGCUGCAGUUGCUUCCUUGACGAGAACAAAAUCUAAUGCAACAACAGUUCCACAGAGAUCAAAUGAAAAAUAAUACGUAAUAAUGCCGCAUGCAAGGAAGGGUGAAAACGGAAAGGUAAAUACAAACAAACAAACAAAAUACUACAAAGUUAAAUAAUAAUAAUAAUAAUAAUAAUACAACUUGGUAAUGAAAACAAAAAGGCAAUCAUCAAUGAUACUUAAAUAUGUAAAAGAAAUUUUAUAGACUAGUUUAGUAAGAGGAAUUAAUUAAUUAACUAAAUAACUAAUAUAAAUAUAUAUAUUUUUAUUUGUUAUUAGCAUAGAUAGUAUAUGUAGGUUCUUUCGAAAUCAUUUUAAUAGGACUACAAACAAAAGCACAUUACUUAUUAGGUAUUUAACAAGGUUACAAUAUGUUUUAUUCAUUCAUUACUUUUUAUUUUUAUUUAAUGUUUCACAUUUUCAUAAUUAUUUCACUUUUGUAUUUCAGUAAUGUAGGAGAAGUUCUAAAAUGGCUUUUUUGGGUUCUCACUUAAAUUAACUUCAGUGCAAUACAUAUGAAUAUGAAACUUUCUAUACAAAACUAUAACUAUAGUUAUUGCUGGUUUGAUUAUUUCCCGGAAGUUAUUGUGUAAUUUAAUUCAAAAGAAAAUCAUUAGAAUUUUUAAUUUGAAAAACUUGCAUUCUUUUAAAACGAAUUACAUACAUACAUAUGUAAUGAAAAUCAAUAGUUUUUUUUUAAUCCAGGGCUUAAUUACUGCCCUCGUGAUUGAAUAACGAAAUUAUAACAAAAUGUACUAAAUUUCUUGCUCUAUAUAUAAGAAAUUUAGGAUAAUUUUUACUCGAUAUCGAAUGAGGUAAUUUGGUUGACUUCAAAAUUUAUUUCUAAUCCAAUACUUAAAUUAAAUGAAGAGCCAUUUUUUAUACCUUUCACCAUAAGUGGCAAGAUUAUAUACAUAUAUGUAAGUUUGUCAUUCCGUUUGUAAUUUCUACAUUUUUCAUUUGCGAACCCACAAAGUAUAUAUAUUCUGGAUCGUUAUAGAUAUCGAAGCCGAUAUAGCCAUGUCCGUCUGUAUGUUGAAAUCAACUUUCCGUAGUCCCCAAAUUACUUACAUACAUUAUUCAUACAUCAAUAUAUCGGGAACUCUUCCGUCACGGUUGCUAUUUAAAAUCAACAAAAUCGGCCCACAAAUGGCUGGGAUGUAAGGAAAAAACCGGGACAACCUAGAUUUUUGGCCUAUUUUUGAUGUAUGUAUAUUUGGAUUACUAAUGCCCGUAACUUCAACAAAUAGAUAUCUACUGUGUAAAAUACCAAGCAGUUAAAUUUACCUAAAAGGUAACUUGACAUUAAUUUCAAAUCAAUAUCUACGGGUAAAAAUUACCAAAUAAUUUUACUCCAUAAGUAACUAAGCACUGCCAUUUAUCUAUUUGUUGAAAUUACG